UCUCUGAUUGGCCCAUAUGUCAAAGUCUUUGUGCUCCUGAAGACGUCGAGGCGACAGCAGGGAAAAAACAGCUGGAUCAGCUAGCGGCUCCGCUGGCUCCUCCAGCCCCUCCACCGGCUCAUUCCUCCGGGUUCCCACCCUGACUUCGAUACGCUGGUUCUGAUUCUGAUGAUGAGGUGGAAACAUGGAGGCUCCUGAAUACCUGGAUCUGGAUGAGAUCGACUUCUCCGAUGACUCAGUGUAUUCUGUGACAUCACUGAAGAACAUCCCAGAACUGUCCAGAAGGAGCGAUGGCCCGGCAGAGGAGAGACCAGCUCCGGCCAUCAACUGGAGCCGCGGCGUUCCCUCCCACAGCGGGGCGGGGAUCAAACCCACGGGCCUGGCCGAGGUCCACAGCAAGUUCCGUCCGGUGAAGCGGGUCUCCCCCCUGAAGCACCAGCCCGAAACCACAGAGUCGGACUCGGACGGGAAGAACCAGAACCAGGGUCCGGUUCUGGAGCAGAGCGAGGUGGGUAAGGACGAGUCCGGCUCCGAGAAGCAGGCCGGCGCCUCCACGCCGUGCGACGGCUCCGGGGGCAAGGCGAAGGUCGGCGGGGUCGGCGGCAACGCUCAGGCUCUGUUCGGGGAGCUGGAGCACUACGACCUGGACAUGGACGAGAUUCUGGACGUACCGUACAUCAAGUCCAGCCAGCAGAUGUCCACCCUGCCGCGUGGCAGGCGGUCUGCGGCGGGGGGCGGCGCCGGGGGAGGAACCCUGGAGAGGAACCGAGGAGGAGGAGGAGGGAUGAAGAGCUCCACUCUGACCCACAACGAGCCUCUGAGCCUGGGCAGCAGCAGCAGCCAGACCCCGUUCUGCGUUCUGUCUCCGGUGAAGUGGUCGGACCUCAGGAAGUCCAAGUCCAUGGACCCGGACCUCCAUCACCUGCACCGCUCCCCAGGAGGAGCCGGCGGCGGUGGCGGCAGCGGCUACCAGGCGGAGCCGCCGCCGCCCGGCCUCCUCAGCUCCUCCUCUCUCUCCUCCUUCUCUGACGCAGACAAGCUGCUGUCGGCGCGCGUCUUCCCAGACCCCCAGAGCCAGCGGUCGGGGGCGGAGCCUCCGGGGGGGCUGGCGUUCCCCCUGGCAGGGUGCAUUGUGGGUAAACCGGACGCCUCCAAACCCUGGACUCCUGGAGGAGGAGGAGCGAGGGGAGAGCUGGACGAGGAGACGAAGAAGAACCAGAACAUCAUCAACAUCGUCAGGGAGGGGCAGAUCUCCCUGCUGCCUCACCUGGCGGCCGACAACCUGGAGCUGAUCCGAGACGAGGACGGGAACAACCUGCUGCACGCCGCCGCCUCUCAGGGCCACGCCGACUGCCUGCAGCACCUCACCUCCCUGAUGGGCGAGGACGGCCUCAACGAGCGCAACAGCCUGCAGCUCACCCCCGCCGGCCUGGGGGUAAAGAAUGGCCAUCUGGAGUGUGUGAGGUGGAUGGUGAGUGAGACGGAGGCCAUCGCCGAGCUGAGCUGCACCAGAGAGCAUCCCAGUUUGAUCCACUAUGCUGCUCGAUACGGACAGGAGAAGGUUCUGCUGUGGCUGCUGCAGUUCAUGCAGGAACAGGCCAUCUCCCUGGACGAAGUGGACCAGAACGGAAACACGGCCGUCCACGUGGCGGCGCAGUACGGACACCUCACCUGUAUCCAGACUCUGGUGGAGUACGGAUCCAACGUGACGAUCCAGAACCAGCAGGGGGAGCGGCCGUCGCAGAGCGCCGAGCGGCAGGGCCACACCACCUGCGCCCGCUACCUGGUGGUGGUGGAGACCUGCAUGUCUCUGGCCUCGCAGGUCGUCAAGCUCACCAAGCAGCUCAACGAACAAACAGCAGAGAGAAUCAACCUGCAGAAACACCUGCAGAGGCUGAUGGACCCCAGCAAGGCUGAGGGGACGCCGUCCAGGUCACCCAGUUCCCAUCAGCCCCUGGUGGAGGCGUGUCCAGAGCUGCUGCUGACGGCCGAGGCGGCGCCUGGCGACGGACACUGGUUGGUCCGGCAGGGGGGCGUGGCUCCGGACUCGGUGCUGCGGCAGCUUCUGGGGAAAGAUGGCGACGGCGUCAGAGAGAGGCUGCAGCCGGGGGCCGGCCCGGGCAGAGAGGGCCCCGGCGCCGCGGGGACCCCCGGGGGCCACAGGACCGGCCUGCUGGAGAGGAGGGAGCUCAAACUGGCCAGACUCAAACAGAUCAUGCAGCGCUCUCUGAGCGAGUCCGACUCCGAGGGCUACCCGCCGGAGGAGGGGCGGAACCAGGCCGCGCUGCGACCCGAUAGGCCGACCCACCUGCCGAUCGCAGAGGAGGAGCCGGCGACCAACCACCUCCAUCAGGUGAUGAGGAAGCACCUCCCCUCCUCAUCCUCGGCUGAGAGGAAGCUGGCCUUUUCUCUCAGCGGGUCAAAGUCUGUGGACAGCAUCGGCUACACGCCGUCGCCCACGUCCAGCGACCCGGACGCCACGGAAACCAGAAUCUCGGAAACCCCCGCCGCCGACGGCCAGAAGGUCGCCACCAGCCCCAAGAGCGCCCUGAAGUCGCCGUCGUCCCGCAGGAAGACCUCCCAGAACCUGAAGCUCCGGGUCACCUUCGACGAGCAGGUCCACAAGAGCUCGACCAAUCAGGAGCCAGAACCCAGCCGGGCGCCGCCGGGCAAGGACAGGACUGCGGCCGCCAGCUCAGAGGGCAAGAGGUCGUUCGGGACGUUCCGCUCCAUCAUGGAGACGCUGAGCGGGAACUCCAACCACAGCAACAACAACAGCGGCGGCGGCGGUCCAGUUAAACCGUCAGCCUAUCAGAACUCACCUGGCAGGAAGUCCGUUGGGGGCGGAGCCAAGGGCAAGAGCCGAGUCAGCAACGUCUGACCAGCCGAAAACGGACGAGGCACAGAACAUGAGAACCAAUCAGAUCGUAAAUAUUUAGUGUUUCAUGAAAACUGAUCAACUUCAUUCCAACACAUGAAAAUUUAAGUUAAUUAAUUAAAACAUUUUGUAGCUAAAAAUAAACGGAUCAUUUUCCUGUUAACUCAUUCGACUUUAAAGGAAUCUAUGACUAGCCUUUAGUCAGAUCCAACACUGAUAGAGCUAGCACCCUUAGCUAAAUCUGACCACGUUGGCUAACACCGUUAGCUAAAUCUGACCACGUUAGCUAGCACCGUUAGCUAAAUCUGACCAUGUUAGCUAGCACCGUUAGCUAAAUCUGACCACGUUAGCUAACACCGUUAGCUAAAUCUGACCACGUUAGCUAACACCCUUAGCUAAAUCUGACCACGUUAGCUAGCACCGUUAGCUAAAUCUGACCACAUUAGCUAGCACCCUUAACUAAAUCUGACCACGUUAGCUAACACCGUUAGCUAAAUCUGACCACGUUAGCUAGCACCGUUAGCUAAAUCUGACCACGUUAGCUAACACCCUUAGCUAAAUCUGACCACGUUAGCUAACACGUUAGCUAAAUCUGACCACGUUAGCUAGCACCGUUAGCUGGAGCCAACGUGAAAUCAGAACAAAUUGUAAGUAAAUGAAAUUAUGUUUAAAUGAAAAUCAUCUUCAUGAGAACAAAAUGUUUCGUUAACUGAAACAGCCUGAGUUAGAAACGCUGCUCUCCUUUCUGAUUAGCUUUUCCAUCACAAGCUGCAGCUUUUUGUUGACAUUUUCUUGAGUUUUUCACAAUAAGCUCUAAAUUUAUGAAGCCGUUGAUCCUGACGGGUCCGGUUCCCGACCCGGUCCUCCAGAAACAAUUCUAGAUUUGUCCAAAGAAUUUCUUUUCUGACCCGUCUGUCCAGAUCGAACUGCCACAUUUCAUUUUUGUUUGUUUUCAGCUCUGGCUGAAAGAACCCAGUCGGUUCUGAACCGGUUCUGAACAUCUCAGGUUGUCAGAGGUCCAAAUUCAGAGCUGAUGAUGAGACUUCUGGUUCUGGAUGACCAGAGGAGAAUUUUAGUCUGGAUUUGGACCCCAAACCUUUCAGUGCCUUUUAAACCAACAGGACCCCUAAAACUAGGCAGCUGCAGCUGAUCCGGUUUCCUGGUGCUGGUCGGGAUUCUGGAUGAGUUGCUGCUCUCUGCUUUACUUCUCUUUUCUAUAGUUGUUUUAUUGUAAGCUUAAAUCAGGUUCUUCAUGAACCAAAUCAUUUUUUAGAUCUUUAAUGAAAUGAUUUAGUUUCUGGUUGUUAAAUUUCACAUCCCUGGUUCUGGGACUUUCUCCGGGUUUCAGUCUCAUCCAGUCCUCUGGUUUCCUUUUGCCUUUAAAAGUCAGAAAAACUGGUAACUUUUUAAUAAUCUCCAUUUAGGGAUUUUCAGUUUAAAUGUGUUCGGAUUUUCCAGUAAUUCCCAAUUAUUUUAUGAUAUAAUUGAAUAGUAAAUUCUGUUUCCUUUUUUAUAAGUUUGAUUUAAAACACCGUCUCAAAACUACACGACCCACAAUGCAUCACAGCAAUCUGACACAAGUUGUUCAUUUUGAACAGUUUUGUUUUAAAGGUUCUCAUGUUCUUUGCCUCAAAUCUUCAACCUUUUUAAAGUUUUCACAGACGGACAGUUUUUGUGAGGUGAGUCUGAAUUCUUCAGGUUUCGUUUGUUCCAUCAUUUUUAGCUGAUUUUCAGUGGGAAACGUUGGAACUGAUUCAUGUUUAUUUCCUGAACUCCACUACAGACGAAGUAUUUAUGUUUCUGCGCACAGUGUUACAGUUUAAAAUGAAAUGUUUUAAUCAUGCACCAGCACAACAAAUACUUUAAAAAACCCACUGUACAUAUUUCAUUAGUAUUUAAAUUGUUUACGUUAUAUUCCACGUUUUAUUUCUUCAUUAUCUAUGCAGUAUUUUUGGCAUGAGGUAGACGUUAGAUGACGGGGAGGUUUGAAGAAGCACCUUCUACAUUUUAUCUGCAUGAAGUUUGAAGUGAGAGGAGAAAAUUUUCUGCAGCUUGUUUUGAUGAAGCUGGAAUCUGAUGCUCCGUUUAUGAAAACCUCCAGGAGUCUGAUUUUUGUUUUUUGGUCGAUUUUUAAAGUUUCUGUUUGGCACCAAAGUUCUUGAACAAUCUCCUUCAGUGAGUCCAGUUGGUUUAUAUUCAAAAUGAUAAAAUGUUCAGCCGUUAAAUUCUCUCUUAUUGGGAGCUUUGCCUGGAUUUUCAGGUUAUUUUUACAGAUCUAGCGCCCCCUGGUGAGAACUAGGGGAUGUGCAGCAGAGUUCAGCCUCUGUCUCUGUUUUCCAUUUUGUCAAAUUCACUUCCUGGGUUAAAGGUCGUCGCUGUGAGCUUCUGCUGUGCAGUUUGCUCCUUCAUGACCUCAGCACCAUUUUUAGAGGACAGUCUGUCUGUUUCCAGAAAUUUCUUCUGAUUCUGGUUGUUUUUUGUAAGUUAAAGUUUAUUUUGGGAUCAAGUUCAGACAGAAACAUUCUCAGAUGAUCGAAAAACUCCAAACAAAAGAAAAACCCAGAACCUUGUUGAAUGAAGGCGUCUGAUCUGAGUUCACAGUGUGGAGGGUUUCAGACAAACUGAAAUAAACUUUUAUUUCUGGACUUUCA